UUCGCGUGCUCGUCUGAUUGGUUGUAUUCAGCUCUCGCGAUGUUCCGGUCUCUUCCUUGGCCGUCGUUGUUGGAGACACUGAGGCCAUGUUCAGUACCAGCGCCAAAAUAGUCAAGCCGAAUGGCGAGAAGCCGGACGAGUUCGAGUCCGGGAUCUCCCAGGCUCUGCUCGAGCUGGAGAUGAACUCUGACCUGAAAGCUCAGCUGAGAGAGCUGAACAUCACAGCUGCAAAGGAAAUUGAAGUUGGCAGCAGCCGGAAAGCCAUCAUCAUUUUCGUUCCCGUUCCUCAGCUGAAGUCCUUCCAGAAGAUUCAGGUGCGCCUGGUUAGGGAGCUGGAGAAGAAGUUCAGCGGAAAACACGUUGUCUUCAUCGCACAGAGGAGGAUUCUGCCCAAACCCACCAGGAAAAGCCGCACAAAGAAUAAGCAGAAGCGUCCCAGGAGCCGUACUCUAACUGCAGUCCAUGACGCCAUCCUGGAGGAUCUGGUGUUCCCCAGUGAGAUCGUGGGCAAGAGGAUCAGGGUGAAGCAGGACAGCAGUCGGCUCAUCAAGGUGCACCUGGACAAGGCGCAGCAGAACAACGUAGAACACAAAGUGGAGACCUUCUCUGGUGUCUACAAGAAGCUCACAGGCAAAGAUGUUGUGUUUGAAUUCCCAGAAUUCCAGCUGUAAAUGCAGAUGACAAAAUAAAUUUGUUUACUGUCUGCUA